AUGGCCGCAAAGCUCAAAAGGCUAGCGAAAGUCCUAAGUAGAUGGAGCAGAACGGUGUUUGGGGACAUAUUUGCUAAAAUGCGGGAAUAUGAGGAUACUGUCCAGAAUCUAGAGUUGGUGUUGCAGCAACACCCGGAGGAUGAGCGGGCAUUAAUUGAAUAUCAAAAAGGGGUUGCUUUGCUGAAGAGACAGAUAGCGAUAGAGGAGGAGUUCUGGCAGCAAAAAGGCACGUGUAACAGAGGUGCAAGAGGACAAGGGAUAGCCCAACAGGCAGUGUCCUUUUUUGAGCGCAUGUUUACGGCGGAAGUGGGGGGGUUUGAUCUUGCUAGACUAGAUUGUAUACCACAAUUGGUUAUGGAGGAUGAUAAUGAUCUACUCACAGCUGUCCCAGGGGUAGAAGAAGUCAAGGAAGUGGUAAUGCAGAUGAGUUCUACAAGUGCGGCGGGUCCUGAUGGUUUCUCGGGAGCUUUCUACAAGGCUUGCUGGGACAUCAUCCAGGAUGAUGUAUUUGCGAUGGUUCGAAGCUUUUUCGCUGGAAGGGACUUUACGAGUAGCAAGGUGGUCACGAAGCUCAUGGUUGUCCGGAUGGCUAUGAUAUUACCGCGUGUGCUGUCGCCGCAACAGAGCGGUUUUGUGGCUGGGCGUUCUAUCAUGGACAAUGUGCUUCUGGCCUCAGAGAUGUGCUACGGGCUUAGCCGACAAAAUAAGGAUAUAGUCCUCAAACUUGACAUGGCAAAGGCAUAUGACCGAGUCUCUUGGUUCUUCCUGACGUCGGUAAUGCGUCGCCUGGGUUUCAGUGAGGUUUGGAUUGAUAUGGUAUUUCGUGCGGUGUCAAAUGUCUGGUACUCUGUAAUUGUGAACGGCAUAAAGGAGGGGUUUUUUUACAUCAACCAGAGGGCUGAGGCAGGGGGGUCUCCUAUCCCCGACCUUAUUUGUUAUUGCGGCGGAGCCUGUGCUCCACCCAAACAAGUCGUUAGAGACUUGGAACGGUGUUUUGCAAGCUUCUUCUGGAAGAAGUCAGGGGGAGCUCAGUACCAUUGGAGUUCUUGGAAAACACUGUCCUUGCCUAAGAAGGAAGGGGGAGUUGGCUUCCUGGACUUGGAAUUGAUGGUUCGAGCAGCUAGUGCGAAGUUGUGGUGGAACUUUCGUACGGAACACACCUUGUGGUCAGAUUUUAUGAGAGCUAAGUAUUGUACACGAGUUCACCCAGUUGCAAAGGUGGCCCGGUAUUCUGAUUAG